CAAACUGAUGCACAAGCCGCCAUAGGCAAUGAACUGACGUUGCCUUCCGAAAUUUAUGUCCUUUCGGCUUUCCUCCCAUUACUUUUAAAAAUAUGACUUCUAGCCCUAAAGCAGGUCCAUCUUUCGCUGUCGAAACUACAGUUAAAGCCGAGCCAUCAGAAGAACCCACCGCUGGUAGCAGCAAUAUUGGUCACAAUAACGAUGUAGCCUGCUUUGCCUGUCACUGGGAACAUCUGAGAUCUGAAAAGGUGGACUGUGGGUGCAAAUCAUGUCCAACAAGUUUUCAUAAAAAGUGCACCAAUCGGAGAGGGUAUCCUGAAGCUUGUUUCAGUGAAAUCAAGGGAAUCCUAAACCUUGAAAAAUGCCAGGAAUGUGUUGCAUCAUCUUCAACGAGCCUGGAGCGUUGGAAAUAUGUGAGCCGUUGUGAACUGAGCACCAUUCUGAAAACCGUGUGCGAUCGUUGGAUCAAGUGGCUUAAGGUCAAAGCAGACAAGGUGGAUCCUCACUAUUCUAUUAUCUUGAAUGCAUCCAACUACGGGCAUAGAGUAUACCAGGACUUCAGAAGCUGUCGGCCUCAAGUAGUCGACAUGAAAACUUUGGAGAACCUCGUGGUUCAAGAGCGAUUUCAAACUGUUGAAGGCUUCAUCACCCAGCUCAAAUGGUUGCUUCACAAUUCGAUUGUAUUUAAUGGGAGAACUGCCCGCGUUACAGCACUUACAUCAGAGUUUCUGACAAUGGCCUUCACGGAUCUCAAUAAUGUUGUCUGGACCUGCGUGGAUUGCCAGUUGCAGAUAAACGUUACACCCCAGGAUCGGAGCCACGAUUUUUUUCUUCUUCCGUGCAGAACGCCCCAUCCUGUUAUUUGGGUUAAACUAGACGGCUACCCAUGGUGGCCAGCCAAAUUAAUUGGUACAAAGAAUUUUGACGAAGAUACUGUUCAAGUAUUUUUCUUUGGAGAUUACACAAAAGCUUAUAUGAAAGUGAAAAAAUGUAAGUCGUACUCUCGGCAAAAAAUCGACUCCACGAAAAAAUUUAAGAAUAUGGGCACUAAAUUGAAUAAAGCAAUAAAGGAAGCAGACGCCUAUAUUGCUGCAUUGGCUCAAAACAAACACUUUGGGCUUCAAGUGGUUAACGAGACGGCGUCCGCACUGCCAAACAUAACGACGGAUUUUAUGAAGACAUUGUUCCCAACCAUGGAGGAGGAAGUUUUGAAGGAUAUGGUUAACCCAUUCACCCCUCUCUUCCAAGUUGGAAUAUGAAUGAUGGAAAAAAUUUCGGAAUUUUUAGUUUUAGAAUUUUCUCUCAUAUAAUAUGUUUAAUAGAUUUGUCUCAGCCGACCAUAAGCUAUUUUAAAUACUGAAGUUUGAAACUCAGCCAUUGGUACUAAUCAUACGAAUAGUAUUUCUGCAAUUGGUUAUAGUCGAGUGUGCUAAAAAUAAGGAGUUGUAUAACAAUAAAAAAAGUCAAUAUAAUCGAGA